AUGAAAGAAUACACGCUCCUUCUCUUCUUGGCUUUGUGCUCUGCCAAAUCUCUCACUGGUCCUUCAUAUCUUUCACUAAAGAAUAUGAUGCUCCAAGAUAUGGAAGAUGAUGAUGAUGAUGAUGACUACGAUGACAAUUCUCUAUUUCCAACCACUGAACCAAUUAUACCACUAAUUCCUUUUGAUCUAUUCCCAGUAUGUCCCUUUGGAUGCCAGUGCUAUGUGAGAGUGGUCCAUUGUUCUGACCUAGGUUUGACAUCAAUACCUCGCAACAUUCCACCAGAUACUCGUAUGAUUGACCUUCAAAACAACAAAAUUAAAGAGGUCAAGGAAAACGAUCUCAAAGGACUCACAUCACUUUAUGCACUGGCUUUGAACAACAAUAAAAUAUCCAAGAUCCAUCCAAAAGCCUUUCAACCAACAAAGAAGCUACGACGAUUGUAUUUGUCCCAUAACCAGCUAACUGAGAUUCCAACAAAUCUACCAAAAACUUUAGCAGAGCUCAGAAUUCAUGCAAAUAAGGUGAAGAAAAUCCACAAGGACGUAUUUAAAGGAAUGAAGUCUCUACAUGUUUUAGAAAUGAGUGCAAAUCCUCUAAACAAUGAUGGAAUAGAGCCAGGGGCUUUUGAAGGAGUAAAUAUCUAUCAUAUAAGAAUCGCAGAAGCUAAACUAACUUCAAUUCCUAAAGAAUUGCCCUCCAGCCUACUAGAACUUCACUUAGAUGACAAUAAGAUCACAACGAUCGAACUUGAAGAUUUUAACCGGUAUAAAGACCUUCAAAGGCUAGGCCUUGGGAAUAAUAAAAUCAAAGAUGUGGAAAAUGGAAGCUUUGCCAACAUACCAAGUAUACGUGAAAUCCACCUUGAAAAAAAUAAGCUCAAGAAAGUUCCUCCUGGAUUACCUGAACUGAAAUAUCUUCAGGUAGUCUUCCUUCAUUCUAAUCAUAUUGCAAAACUGGGAGUGAAUGAUUUCUGUCCAACAGGAAGGAGAAAGAAGAAAGCAUUAUACAGUGGCAUAAGCCUCUUCAAUAAUCCCGUAAAGUACCAGGAGAUUCAGCCUUCAACUUUCCGUUGCAUUUUAGCCAGAAACAGUGUGCAACUUGGAAAUUUCCUCAAGUGA